CACCUCCAAAACAACUGCAUUAUUGACCCACCCUGAUUAAUUAAUUUUGGUUGCUGUGUAAGUAAGAGGAUGGAUACACAUCCCCAAAGUUCAGUUCAGGCAGGGAUGUCGACGGUUUUUAAUGAUGUAAAUAACGCAGCGGGUGUGGUAUAUGAGUCACAAUUGGUAUAUGAGUCACAAAAAGACUUAAGUGUGUUUGCCUACCUUUGUUUUUCAUGUUUUGUGAGGUGAUCUAAACACUCAUGGACUGUAAAAGUAGAAAAAUGUGACCGGCCUAAGCAGAAGCUCCGUAGAAUUCCCAGUGUUGGCCGCCAUGUUUUAACAAUUUGAUUGACCGGACAGCCUGGCAAAAUGUGACUGAAUACUGAAUUAUGUGUGGAACUAGUCUUACUGCUCUAGAAAUCUCUCAGACAUGAUACUCACCACUUGGUCUAAGCAGGGUGAAGUGCUUCUUUAAGGUUGCAUAUCCGUUUAAAAUCAAACGUGAAACAGCUUGACUGAAAAUGAACUGUAUAAUUGAAGGAAACGGUGUGAAGGUGUUUGGAAAGGCAAUUCAUGCCCUGGCGCGCAUAGGGGAUGAAUUAUGGUUGGACCCUAUGGUGAAAGGGUUGGCCGUGAGGUCGGUGAACUCAGCUCAUUCAGCAUACGCUUGCUUCUGCUUCUCCCCACUGUUCUUCCAACGCUACUGCCCAAACACAGGACCAGCCGGGGCCUGUGGAACCGUCAAAUGCAAGCUGGUCAUGAAGUCACUGUUGCCACUGUUUCGGUGCCUGGCUACAAUUGAGCGUAAUGUGGAUUGCUGUCAAAUAUCCAUCAACCUCCCAGACAACCGGGUUAUAUUCCAGUUUCACUGCAGACAUGGUAUCACCAAAACACAUAACCUGGGUUUCCAAGAGAGCGAAGCUUUGCAGGCAGUGUUUUCUUCUCACCUCUGUCCUAAUGUCCUGAAGGCCCAAGCCAGACUUCUAGGUGACAUGGUAAUGCACUUCCCAGUCUCUCAGGAGGAGAUAACUCUCUCCAUGUCUCCUCUGAGAGUAAAUCUGAAAAACUACUACGAAGAGGAUAAGGAUCGCAUUAAGGCCAUGCACACCAAGAUGUCUUUAGACCCCAGUGAGUUUGACUACUUUCAGGUUGGCGUCGACUCGGACAUAACCUUCUGUCUGAAGGAGCUGAGGGGGUUUCUGUCAUUUGCUGAAUCAUAUGGGCUACCGGUGUCUGUCCACUUUGGUGCUGCAGGAAAGCCUGUGUCCUUCAGCAUGGAAGAUAUGGUGCUGGAAGCCAAUGUGGUGUUGGCCACCCUAGUUGAUCCAGAGAGCAAGACCCUUUCCCAGGCUACAGAUGUCCCGCCACCUGCUGCACUACGGUGUGGAGGUGUUGGGGAGCCUAUGGAGAAAGACGGAGAUGCUGCCCCCCCCCAGGCCCAGAGGUUUCCCUCUGGAAACGAGCUGGUAGUAUCCAGCCAGGGAAGCCCAGUGACUGGUGGAGCUGCCCCGCCGUGUGUUACCAGGACGGAAGGUUUUGACCGGCUCAGAACCCCACCUCAGGCACAUGCUGGUCCUGGCAUCACAGCCCCUGAUUCCUCUGAGGUUCACUCCCUGCUCUUUGGGGCCAUGUCCUGUGAGCAGGGGUUUGGUCGUUCCUCUGUUCUGCCCAGUCUGGUGUGUUCCAGUGAUACCGAGGAUGAUGGGAGGUUAUAAUGGGAUCAGUGGGUCAUUGGACGUUGUCUCAAAAUAGUAAAUAAGCCAAGAAGUGCUUUUAUUACCUGUUUUCUUUGGACUAUUGUACUGUGUAUUGUAAAUGAGUUUUUUAACAAGAUUGUUUUUAUUUUUCAUUUAAUUUGUGCAUAAAAUGUAUGUUCUUAAAGGAUAGUUUGACUAACAAGUUAUUCAAAUAGUAUUUGGGAAUUUUUUGUUGUUGGAAGGAACAAGGAAACAUUAAAAUAUUUAUUCUA